AUGGACACGGACCCUUAAAAAUGUAACACAUUUCCUGUUCAUUACAAGAAAUGCUCCCGACUAGACAAGUUAUGAAACUUCCCUCAAGCGUUUGACAUCUUAAACUGCAAAGGAUGGCAUCGGCUCCUUCUCCAUCCCCUCACAACCGGAGCAGGAAUGAGGAUGAGGAUGACCCAGUGGACGGGAUGAUCUCCAGGACAGGCUGUGCUAAGCUGCACUACGCUUUGCAGGACUGUAUGGCUGAGCAUCAGGACUGGAGGAAGUGUCAGACUGAGGUUCAGAAGUUUAAGGAGUGCAUGAGCACCUACCAGAACACUCGCAAAGAGCAGCUCCUGAAGCAAAGGACUUCUGCCACACAGUCUGCCUGAUGAACAGGCCUCUGUGACACAAUAAAACAUCUAUCUCACUUUCCUAACAGAA